UGCAAAUCAGCCAGGGCACGCGCGUCGCAUCUCAUCGCAUAGUAACAGGAGCUUUAAAAGGUGAUCCAGCGGAGGAAUCUGGGACACUAAACAGUCGCCAUGAAGCAUUUUCUAAGGGUGCUAACCCAGUUCCUGGUUUUUCUGUACUGCAAAUGUUUGUGGCGAGGUUUGAAGUUUAUCUUCAGGAAGGUUACAGGACGAUGCGAGCUGCAGCGGAUCUGCUACAACAACAAGCCCGGUGCACGCCGCACCCUUAAGAUCGAAUCCUCACUCAAAUGUUCCAAAAGUGAGCUUCUGCAGAAUGCUCUCAGUGCUCACCCAGAUGCUGUUGAGAAGACCAUAGAUGACAUCAUGGCCCUGAAAAAGAUCAACCCAGACACAAAUCCACAACUCGCCAUCUCUCUGCAAGCGAGCCUUUUCCAGAUCGUAGGCUAUAGAAACCUGGUGCUAGAGGUGGAGAAGCUGCGCAGGGAGCCAUAUGACUGCGAAAAUCCAGAUCAUGAGGAGAUGCUUAUGAAGCUGUGGAAGACUCUGCGUCCUGAUUCUGCCCUUACUGGACGCAUCUCUAAGCAGUGGUGUGAAAUUGGCUUCCAAGGCAGUGACCCCAAAACUGACUUUAGAGGCAUGGGGUUAUUGGGUUUGCAGAACCUACUGUAUUUUGCUGAGCACGACAAGGCCGCUGCUCUCCAAAUGUUGCACGAUUCUCUGCAGCCCAAACACAGUAAGAUGAGCAAAGCUGAAUGGGAGAAGCAGAAAUUCGACAAAGCUAUCGGAUACUCCUUUGCCAUUGUUGGCAUCAACAUCACGGACCUGGCCUACUCCUUGCUGGUGAGCGGAUCUCUGAAGACUCAUCUGUACAACGUGGCACCUGAGAUGCCCAGCCUGAUGCACUUCCAGCAGACCUUCUGUUAUCUGAUGCAGGAGUUUCACCGGUUCUGGGUCGAGGAGGAUCCAUGUGACAUCAUGGAAUUCAACCGAGUGCGCACCAAGUUCCACAGGCGCAUCCUGAAGCAGCUGAAAAAUCCCGACAUGGCACUGUGCCCCCAUUUUACCGCCUCUGACCUUCACUUGGUUAACCUGUAGCUCCUCACCUCAUCCCUCACCUCUGACCUCGUCCUAUGCUUCAUUAUGUCUAAGCUUUCUAUCAUUACUGCCAACUAGAUGGAAUUGUUCUUGUUCUCUCUCUCUCUCUCUCUCUCUCUCACACACACACACACA